UCGUCCGGUCAUCCGCUUGUGCUAGGCUCUUCCAGUUUCCAGCAUGGCAUACAGCCAAUGGUCGACAGCAGAGUCGCUCUCGCACGCCGCGCCACCACCUCGUUGCUGACCUUUCUCGACGAGAAGAUGUAGGGCGGAUAUCACCCCACGGGCCGUACCCAUGCUUCCCGUUAUGGACCACAUGAGUGGCGGAUGAGGAGGUGGACGUUGAGUAUAAGAUCCUUCGUCUGGACCCAACGUUUGUUGGACAAUGGCCCCCUUGGAAGACGCAACACAAGCAACACAGGCACUAGCGCGGGAAUUCUUCUUUGCUACAAUCUCGGGAAUACAUAUAAUCCCAAGUGUAUCUUCUCCCUCCCUUCUCCAGCUUAGUUUUUUUGGCAUAUCAACAAAGUUUGAGCAUCUAUUAGCCUACCUCCCUAGGUGUAUAUAACCAAUGCCACUCUUCACCAUGUCUAAAGGGUAUAACAGUGACGUGGAAGCUCUACGUCAAAAGGAGUAUCCUCAUAUGAAUGAUGGAGUGUACCUGGAUCAUAGCGGAGCUACUAUAUAUGCCAAGUCUACCGUUGAAUCAUUUUGCACCAAAAUGAUUGCCAACUUAUACGGAAAUCCGCACUCGGAAAACUCACCGGCUAAGCUUUCUGGGGACGUUGUUGACCUAGUUCGCGAGAAGACGCUUAAAUUCCUCGGUGCAGAUCCAGAGCACUUUGACUUGAUUUUCGUAGCGAACGCUACGGCUGCUAUCAAGCUCGUUGCUGAUUCCUUCAGGGAUCUGUCUGAGAAGACCAGCGAUCGAAGGUUCUGGUAUGGGUAUCAUAAAGAUGCCCAUACGAGUAUUGUGGGGGUUAGGGAACUCACAUACGGGCAAUCUUACUGUUUCCAGAACGACCAAGAAGUAGAGAGAUGGCUCCAUUCCCCAGAGUCGAGUUACCUUAACCGGCACCAUCUCGGCGGUUUGGGGUUGUUUGCCUACCCUGGACAGUCCAACAUGUCGGGUAGAAGGCUGCCACUAUCAUGGCCGGGAAUUCUACGCCAAUCAGAAUACUUACAGAACACCUAUACUCUUCUCGAUGCCGCAGCACUAGCCAUGACGUAUCCCAUGGAAAACGUCUUUCGAGAUGUCAAUCAAGCCCCUGACUUCACAUGUCUGUCCCUAUACAAAAUCUUCGGCUUCCCGGAUAUUGGGGCAUUGGUCGUUCGCAAAGAAUCAGGGCACAUUCUGACUCUGAGGAAGUAUUUUGGCGGAGGUACUGUUUCCAUGGUUGCUACGUUCGGCGAGAAUUGGCAUAGGUCGAAAGGCCUACAAGCGCCCACCUAUAAGCUUCACGAAGGACUUGAAGACGGAACAUUACCGUUCCACAGCAUUCUCGCGCUAGGUGAGGCUAUUGACGUACACAAGAGACUAUAUGGUUCAAUGAGUCGAAUUUCGGAUCAUACUUCCUACCUCAUCUCCAGACUGUUCCGAGGUAUGCUCACUUUGCGCCACUCCAACGGCCGGCCGCUUUGCCGCAUCUAUAACGAAAAUGGCGACUUCGAAGAUUCGUCAAAGCAGGGCUCUGCAAUUGCUUUCAAUGUAUUACGGGCGAGUGGUCAUCACGUCCCCUACUCUGACGUUGAGCGUUCUGCCAACGCUGCGGGCAUCUACAUAAGAUCCGGAGGCGUCUGCAAUCCUGGCGGAAUAUUCACAGCCCUUGGUUAUGAACCGUGGAUGACGGAGCGCGCCCUAUCGGCAGGGCACCAUUGUGGCUCACAUGGCAUAAGCAUCAUCCAUAGGCUUCCCACAGGUAUCGUACGCGCUAGUCUGGGGGCCAUGUCGACGAAACAGGACGUUGACACCUUCCUGGAUUUCCUACGCACUACGUUUCUCGAGGACGGGCAGGAUUGGACAUCUUCGACUCAGACGACUGCUCGCUCUGAGCGAGCUGAAGCCUUCGCCUUUGACCUUCCCGUUAAUUACACAACGAGUAACUUCCCUGACGUACGAGAGGUUCCACGCCCGCGCCCUAUGCUACACCAUUUCACAUCAGCCCCUGAAGCCACGCCAAGGGUGAAUCCGCUUGCGAUGCAUGACUUAAUUCACGGCCUCGCUACUGUGAAGUGAAAGGGGACGAAAAAAAAGAAAAAGAAAAAAAAACGGUAGGCUAGAGUUGGUUUCCUAGGCGCUUAUAUUUCCUGGUGAAAUAUUGUCAGGUUUCCUUUUUUUUUUGUGUACCAUCUUUGCCCCUGCACUCACAUCCUGUGGUUAAGUCUGGAGUAAUAUACUUGUGUUUAAGCCUGUCCGUGAUCGGGUCAAGGGAUUAUAUAGUACCACACACAUCUAGUUAAUAAUGUACGGACGUUUUUUGACCGUUUAUGAAUUUCAUCUCGACGAACCCUAUCCCCUUUUCGUGU